GAGCGAGAGAGUGGUAGGUGCUGAGGACAGCAACAACACUCAUGUUAGCUUUGAUGGCAUCUCCAGUUAUCAGCAGCUCCUUUUGAUUUUGCCAGCAUUAAUGCUUUGCUCAGUCGGUUUAAUUUCUUAUUCUUCUGCGUUAUGGAUUACCAGUAGGUGACAAGGAUGCAAUAAAUCUUUUUUUUCAUCUGCACAGAUUUGGAUUUUUGUUUUUUAAUGAACAAAGACAAGGUGUGACCAUAAGAACAAGACAAUGGACACAAGCAUGAGGAAAUUUACAGUGAGGAGGUUCUUCUCAGUCUAUCUGCGCAAGAAAUCCCGCUCCAGGAGCUCAAGUAAAUUAGAGGAUGAAGGUAUUGUAAAAGAAAUAGACAUCAGCCACCAUGUCAAAGAAGGCUUUGAAAAAGCAGACCCCUCACAAUUUGAGCUUCUCAAAGUAUUAGGUCAAGGUUCUUACGGAAAGGUGUUUUUGGUGAGAAAAAUUAAAGGCACUGAUAUGGGGCAGCUCUAUGCUAUGAAGGUACUGAAGAAAGCAACACUAAAAGUUCGGGACCGAGUGAGGUCUAAAAUGGAGCGGGAUAUUUUGGCUGAAGUGAAUCAUCCAUUCAUAGUAAAACUUCAUUAUGCAUUUCAGACUGAAGGAAAACUGUAUCUAAUUUUAGAUUUCCUCAGAGGUGGAGAUCUGUUUACACGGCUCUCCAAAGAGGUAAUGUUCACAGAAGAAGAUGUCAAGUUCUAUUUAGCUGAGCUGGCCUUGGCUUUAGACCACCUCCACAGUCUUGGAAUUAUAUACAGGGAUCUCAAGCCAGAAAACAUCCUUUUAGAUGAAGAGGGUCACAUCAAGAUAACAGACUUUGGUCUCAGCAAGGAGGCAAUAGACCAUGACAAGAGAGCCUACUCUUUCUGCGGGACGAUAGAAUACAUGGCCCCAGAGGUUGUCAACAGAAGAGGACACACACAUAGUGCAGACUGGUGGUCUUUUGGUGUUCUAAUGUUUGAGAUGCUGACAGGGUCACUGCCUUUCCAAGGCAAGGACAGAAAGGAAACAAUGGCACUAAUACUGAAAGCAAAGCUUGGAAUGCCACAGUUUUUAAGCCCAGAAGUUCAAAGUUUGUUGCGUGCACUUUUUAAAAGAAAUCCUACCAACAGAUUAGGUGCUGGGCCUGAUGGAGUAGAGGAGAUUAAGAGGCACCCUUUCUUUACACCAAUAGACUGGAAUAAAUUAUAUAGGAUAGAAAUCAAGCCCCCAUUUAAACCUGCUGUUGGCAGACCUGAAGACACCUUUCACUUUGAUCCAGAAUUCACAUCACGAACACCAACUGAUUCCCCUGGCGCCCCGCCAAGUGUUAGUGAUCACCAGCUUUUCAGAGGAUUCAGUUUUGUUGCUACUAACCUUGGACAAGAGCAAACUCUGAGCGAUAGCCACCAGAUUGCAGUGCCCCCCAUUGUACAGCGACUGCACGGGAAAAAUAUUCAUUUUAGAGAUGGCUAUGAAAUCAAGGAAGACGUUGGCAUUGGGGCCUAUUCGGUGUGUAAACGAUGUGUUCACAAAUCUACUGGAGUGGAAUAUGCCGUCAAGAUAAUCGACAGGAGUAAGAGAGACCCAUCAGAAGAGAUUGAGAUCCUCUUACGAUAUGGACAGCACCCAAACAUCAUUACUUUGAAGGAUGUGUAUGAUGAUGGGAAGUAUGUGUACUUGAUAAUGGAACUAAUGAGAGGAGGAGAACUGUUGGACAGAAUCCUACGACAGAAAUGUUUCUCCGAAAGAGAAGCUAGUGCAGUGCUCUACACCAUCACGAAAACUGUGGAGUAUCUUCACUCACAAGGGGUUGUUCAUCGAGACUUGAAGCCCAGCAACAUACUGUACGUGGACGAGACUGGAGAUCCUGAAUCUAUAAGAAUCUGCGACUUUGGAUUUGCCAAACAGUUACGAGCUGAAAAUGGGUUACUAAUGACACCGUGUUAUACAGCAAACUUUGUGGCCCCAGAGGUCCUGAAGAGACAAGGAUAUGAUGCAGCCUGUGACAUUUGGAGUCUUGGUAUUUUGCUGUACACCAUGCUGGCAGGGUUCACACCAUUUGCCAAUGGACCUGAUGACACCCCUGAAGAAAUCUUGGCACGCAUUGGAAGUGGAAUAUUUGCUCUUUCUGGAGGAAACUGGGACACUAUCUCUGAUACAGCAAAGGAUAUUGUAUCCAAAAUGUUACAUGUAGAUCCCCAUCAGCGGCUAACUGCACCACAAGUACUUCAUCACCCUUGGAUAGUGAGCAGAGAGUAUCUAUCACAGAGUCAACUCAUCAGACAAGAUGUACAGUUAGUCAAGGGAGCAAUGGCAGCCACAUACUUUGCUUUGAACCGUUCACCUCAGGCCCCCAAACUGGAACCAGUUCUCUCUUCCAGCCUGGCCCAACGGAGAGGAAUGAAGAGACUCACCUCCACCCGAUUAUAGCAGAUCCUUGUGACACAGAAGUGACCUAACUCUGAAUCUUAUUUUUACAAAUAUCUCUAGUACCUGACAUCAUAGAGACCAGAUCUGGGUGACUGACAGUGUCCCUUGUUUCACUUUUGGAUGCCUAGCUGCUAAUGUAGUAUCAAAUUGCCAACAUUCCAAAUAGUUUUACAAGGAAGCAAGAAGAACAAUACUUACCCA